AUGCAGCGGGACAUUGCUGUCCCCGCCCUGCGACCCCCAGCCCCGGCGGUGCCACCGGCUGUCCCCAAGCCCACCGGCUGUCCCCAAGCCCACCGCAGCCCCCCUGACCUCCGAUACCCCGGCGGGUCACUCCGGCCAGCGCUGCCACCACCGCACGGGCGACAUCGCUGUGCGCACGCCCCAGCGUGUCCCCCCUCACCGCUGCCACCCCGGGGGCCGCUCCUGCGCCCCAACCCCGAGCCCCCAGACCGCCCCAGCACCCACCUCCCUCCCAUCGCCGCGGUGUCCCCGCUGGCCCCGGGCUGUCCUGCCGUGCCCCGGGCCACCCUCCGUCACCCCGGCCCCCAGUGUCACCCCCAGUGUCCCCCGUCCCGCUACGUCCCCAGCCCGGAUCCAUCCCCAUCCUGCCACAGCCCCGCCGGUGUCACCGUCCCCGUCCCCGCCGCGGGCCCCCCCACGCCCGCAUUCCCCACCCGGCUCCAUCCCGCUCCUGCCGUGGUGGCGCCGGUGUCGCUGCCGGUGUCACCGCCCCCAUCCCCGUCCCCGCAGCGCUGCCGGUGUCACCGUACCCACCGCCGCCACCGGGCCCCGCAUUCCUGCAGCCCCCGCAGCCCCGCCGCGUCCCCAGCCCGUAUCCGGCCCGGAUCCGACCGUGGCGGUGCCGGUACCGGUGUCGGUGUCGCUGUCACCAUCCCCAUCCCCGCCCCCAGCGCGGAUCCGUCCCGCUCCUGCCGUAGCCGUGCCGGUAUCACCGUGCCCACGGCCGGCGCGCGGCGGGGGCGGUGCCGGUGCCGGUGCCGCACGUACCUGCUCCGUGCUCAGGGCGCGCCGGGACUCAUCGCCGCCGGUAGAGCCGAGCAGCCCCGCCGGCACCGGGGGUUAAAAGCGGCGCUCGGAGCGGGGGCAGCGGGCCGGGCCCCCCCGGAGGGGGCCGAGCCGGGCCGGGCCGGGCCAAUCGCGGCUGGCGCGGGCCGGGCCCCCCCCGCCGGUGCCGCCGGUGCCGCCGCCCGCACCCGCCCGCAGCGGCGGAGAACCCGCGCCCGCUCCCGCUGCCCGGCGCAGGGCGAGGGGCGGCCGCGCAUGCGCCGCCCCCCCGAACCCGGGCCGGCCCCCCCAAACCGGGGCCGCCCCCUCCCCAUGGAGCGGGGCCGCCCCCUGCGCCCCGCGCGGCGCGGAAGGGGCUGGGGGGUCCCUACAGGGAGCUUCUUCCAGCCCCUCCACACCCCAAAAUUCCCGUUAAGCCAUACAGGGCGCAACCCCAGCCCCCCGCACCCCCGUGUGGGGCCGGAAUGGGGGAUCGAUGGGCUCAUCCUGGGCCCAGCACGUCCCAUGCGUCACCCACCCCACAAAGCUCCCCCGCAGCUGCUCACAGCCCGACCCCGGCCCUCGAGAGGGCCCCGGAGCCGCUCGGGGACCCAGAGGGUGGGGUCCCCGCACCCUCCAGCCCCACAUCCAUCCCCGAGCUGCUCCCACGAGGCAGAGCCUGCUGUCGCCGUGUCCCCACAGCCCCGAGCCCCGCGGGUGGCCCAGGACAGCGCGGACAGAGCCAAACCGGGCGGGUGGCGCGGCCGGGAGCGUCCCGAGCCGCUCCGGUUCGGGGCGGUGGCACCGCGGGGUCCCGGAGCCCCGCCGGGCACGGAGCGGCCCCGGUGUCCCCGCACGGCCGCGGGGGGCUCGGGGGGACCCCGCGCCGAGCCCCCGGAGCCGCUUGUUAUUCCGCUCAGCUCCGCCGGCGGCUAA